ACUUGCAGGAGGUUACAAGAUACUUGUUUGUGCUGAGAAAAGUAGCACUCCUGUUGUCCAGCAAUAUACGUUCAUGGGAUCUUCAAAGGAACCACAGGAAUACAAUUCCAAUCUUUACCCUCACAUAGAGCCUUAUAGUACUGGGUUCUUAAAAGUCUCAGAUAUCCACACAUUGUACUGGGAACAAUCAGGAAAUCCAAAUGGUCAUCCUGUUGUGUUCCUUCAUGGUGGACCAGGAGCUGGAACAUCGGCCAGCAAUAGACGAUUCUUUGACCCAGAAUUUUAUAGGAUUAUCUUGUUAGAUCAGAGAGGUGCAGGUAAAAGUACACCUCAUGCCUGCUUAGUUGAUAAUACAACUUGGGAUUUGAUUGGUGACAUUGAAAAACUAAGGGAGCAUUUAGGGAUACCAGAAUGGCAGGUUUUUGGUGGGUCAUGGGGAAGCACAUUGGCACUCGCUUACAGCCAAUUACAUUCAGACAAGGUCACUGGUAUUAUUCUUAGAGGUAUCUUCUUACUAAGGAAGAAAGAGCUUGAUUGGUUUUAUGAGGGUGGUGCAGCAGCCAUAUUCCCAGAUGCAUGGGAACCGUUCAGAGAUUUCAUUCCUGAAGAAGAAAGGGAUAAUUUCAUUCUGGCAUAUAACAAGAGGCUUAAUUCGGAUGACUUGGAUGUACAGGUAUAUCAACAUUAUAUUUCUUCUAGUAGCUUUCAGAUCCGACGUCUGAUGAGUAGUAUUUGUUGUCAUUUGGGUUUUUCGUGUAUGUCUUCAUAA